UGUUCAAAAACAAACAAAAACUACCUUCUUCACUACUCAACCUCUCUCUAAUAUAUUUUCUUCUAACUUCCUCUCCCAUUUCCAAAUUUAAUUUCUUUACAAUCAUCUCUCAAAUGGGUAUCAAAAUUUUCAUUAUUUCCUCAAUCCUAACCUCAACAUUAUUCUUUGUUCUUUACAUUCCAACCAAAUUAACCAUACCAAUAAUUACCUCAAACUAUAGUCCUCCAAAUCAAAUUAACAAAACAUUAAACAUCUCAAAUACCAACAAAAAAUAUCCAAUUAGUUUUGCAUACUUAAUUUCAGGUUCAAAAGGAGAUGCUACCAAGAUCAAAAGAUUAUUGAAGGCUUUGUAUCAUCCAGGAAAUUAUUAUUUAAUUCAUAUGGAUCAUGGUGCUCCAAAAAAAGAUCAUAGAGAUGUGAUUGAUUAUGUGACUAAUGAAGCUGUUUUUGGUGAAGUAGGAAAUGUUUGGAUUAUAAAAAAAAGUAAUUUUGUUACAUAUAGAGGUCCAACUAUGCUUUCUACAACUCUUCAUGCUAUGGCAAUUCUUCUUAGGAAUUGUCAAUGGGAUUGGUUUAUUAAUCUUAGUGCUUCUGAUUAUCCUUUGGUAACACAAGAUGAUCUGAUUCAUGCCUUUUCUGGGGUUCCAAAACAUCUUAAUUUCAUUCACCAUAGCAGUCAUUUGGGCUGGAAGUUCAAUAAGAGAGGAAAACCAAUAUUUAUAGAUCCAGCACUUUAUAGCAACAAAAAAUCAGAUAUUUGGCAAGUAACAAAGCAGAGGAGUCUCCCAACAGCUUUUAAACUUUACACAGGUUCAGCAUGGACAAUGCUAUCAAGAUCUUUUUCUGAAUAUUGCAUUAUAGGUUGGGAAAAUCUACCAAGAAUUCUCCUCUUAUACUACACAAAUUUUGUGUCAUCUCCAGAAGGAUACUUCCAAACAGUUAUAUGCAAUUCCAAAGACUACAAAAAUACAACAGCUAAUAGUGAUUUACAUUACAUUACUUGGGAUAAUCCACCAAAACAACAUCCAAGAUCAUUAACACUCAAAGAUUAUAGGAAAAUGGUUUUGAGUAAUCGACCAUUUGCAAGAAAAUUUAAAAGAAAUGAUAUUGUGCUUGAUAAAAUUGAUAGAGAGCUUUUGAGAAGAAAUCAAACACAAUUUUCUUUUGGAGGAUGGUGUUCUUCAGAAUUACAAGGUGGAAAGCAUAGAGUAUGCAAUGAUUUGAAAAUUGAGAAUUAUGGUGUUCUUAAACCUAGUUUGAACUCAAAAAAGUUGAAAAAUAUGCUCUCUAAUAUUAUUUCAUUUAAAAAAUUUCAUAAACAGCAAUGUAGGUAAAUUUAAUUUCAAUUUCAUAUAUAAUUUAUUACUAGUAAAAAAUUAUGUCCUUUUAUAAUGGAAAUUUUUUUGCAUUUCAAGAUUUAUGUGGCGAGGUUAAUCUAUUUAUUGUCGAUGAAGGUUAGUCGGUAAGGAGUUGAUUCACACUAUACAAAAGUGUAGGUUCAAAUUGUGAUAUAUUGUUGUGUGUACUAUAAAUACCUUAUCUAAUAACGAUAACGAUUAACUUAAAUAUGGCUUUGCACUUGGUUAAUCGAUUUCUU